GGGGCGGGCGGGGAGCUGGAGCAGGGAGGCAGGAAAGGGGGAGACGCCUCCCGCCUCCCCUUGCAGCCCCCGAGGGAUUCUCCCCAUCGGGCAGAUGCAAUGCGGAGCCGAAACCCCGCAUGAUGUGUGAAGGCAGAAUGAAUAUGCACGAAUGUACACCUGUGUGGGGUCUUGGACUUAGUUUUGCUCUGGCACGUGCGGAUCCAGCCUUGCAGUGUGGAGGCCUUCUUCCUCUUCCAAAGAGAUUUGCAACCCAGAAACAUUUAGCGGAGAGACCCCACCGGGGUGCUCCUCUUGUUAUUCACCGGCCUGUCCCCGGACGGAUGGCAACAGGAUCAAAUCCAAUGCUUAGCUCAAUGCAAUGUUAUAUUAAAGCAAACUGAAAUCCCGAGGAACCCGCUGGCACCAGAAAGCGGCCCGCUCCAGCGGCCAAGGCCUGGUGGGUCAAGAUGAGCUUCCGACGUCUGCACCUGACAGCGUGCAAACGGGUACCAGAAGUGUAGAGUCGCUUGUCUCUUUGCUUGGUCAAGAGGGAGCAAUGAGCUGAAGGGGGGGGGAGAGAAAAGGGGCAGGAAAUUCUCCAAGUUGCCCUUCCAGCCUCGGAGGGCUUCUGCCUGCAGCCCAAUGCAAAGGAAACACCCGGAGUCCACAGCCCCCUUUGCAGGAUCUUCCGCCUCCCUCUCCAUGCGAGCUCUUCGAGAGGAAGGGGAUUUGGGGAGGAGAAGAACUGGGGCGGGAGCCCCCGGAGCCAGAGCGCUCCCUCCCUCCAGAUCCUUUCCUGCCAGGCUUCUCACGUGUGGAGGGGGAAAGGGCCUUUAUCUACCGCAAGCGCCUCCGUUUCUGGCCUCCUUUGAAAUCCGAGCAAUGUCUUGGCUUUGCAGGACCUGGUAGCCCAUCUGAUCAGGACAGUCUUAGCCUUGAUGCAGAAAUUGGCACAAGACGAAGGAGUUCCUUCAGCCCUUUGGAGGCUUUUGUAAGAUGGAGGGGGAAGACUCAUCUGGCCCUGAAGCAGGAAGAGGCCCUGAUGUCAUCGAGACUGGGAGCAGUGGGGGAUUCUGGGAAAGAACUGUGCAGAAGGCCCUGGGUGAGGAGGACACCCUCAGCUCAGAUGCGCAGCGCCAGCAGUUCAGGCAUUUUGGCUACCAGGAGGCUGAAGGGCCCCGAGAGGUUUUAAGAGGACUCCACCAUCUCUGCCAUCAGUGGCUGAAGCCAGAGCAACACAGAAAGGCUCAGAUCCUGGACCUGGUGAUCCUGGACCAGUUCUUGAGGGUCCUUCCACCUGAGAUGGAAAGCUGGGUGAAGGAAUGUGGAGCAGAGACCACUUCCCAGGCAGUGGCCCUGGCUGAAGGUUUCCUCCUGAGUCAGGCAAAGAAGCAGGAAGAGCAGAAGGGAGAGGACCUCUUUGCAGAAACCAGCUCUGAUAUCCUUCAAGCCAAGAACACUCCAUUGGACACCAGACGGAGGCCGCUGGGUGAUGGAAGGAUGCCGGCGAGAUCUCCUCUGCUGUCUCUUCUUUCCGGCAGAGAGGAGGGAGCUGCUGUGGAAGCAGAUCAGGGUCCAGUGUCCUUUGAGGAUGUGGCUGUGCAUUUCACGGAGGAGGAGUGGGCCCUGCUGGAUCCUGACCAGACAGCGCUGCAUCAGGAAGUCAUGGAGGAGAAUUGUUGGAUUGUCACAUCUCUUGAAAGGGGCGAGAACAUGGGAGACACUGAGAAAAUCCACAGAGUGGAGAAGUCAUAUAAAUAUUUAGAGUGUGGGGAGAGCUCCAUUCAGAGAUCCCGUCAAAGAACUGACAGUGGGGUAAAACCAUAUAAAUGCAUAGAAUGUGGAAAGAGCUUUAGUCAGAGCACCCAUCUCACUACCCAUCAAAGAAUUCAUACAGGGGAGAAACCGUAUCACUGCUUAGAAUGUGGAAAGAGCUUCACCAGGAAGGAGCAUUUCACUUCCCAUCAAAGAAUUCAUACAGGGGAGAAACCAUAUCAUUGCUCGGAAUGUGCCAAGAGCUUCAGCUGCAAGGAAUAUCUCACUGCCCAUCAACGAAUUCAUACAGGGGAAAAACCGUAUCAAUGCGUGGAAUGUGGAAAGAGCUUCAGUCGCAGUUCCCAUCUCAGAACACAUCAAAAAAUUCAUACAGGGGAAAAACCGUACCAAUGCUUGGAAUGUGGGAAGAGCUUCAUCCAGAAGGGAAGUCUUAUUUCCCAUGAAAGAAUUCAUACAGGGAAGAAACCAUAUCAGUGCUUGGAAUGUGGGAAGAGCUUCAGACACUGUGGCCUCCUCACUUCCCAUCAAAUAAUUCAUACAGGAGAGAAACCAUAUCACUGCUUGGAAUGUGGUAAGAGAUUUAAGAGAAGCACCGAUUUCCGUCUUCAUCAAAGAAGUCACAGUGGAGAGAAACCAUAUCAGUGCUUGGAAUGUGGCAAGAGCUUCAGCUGUAAGAUAAACCUCACUUCCCAUCAAAGAAUUCAUACAGGGGAGAAACCGUAUCAGUGCUUGGAAUGUGGGAAGAGCUUCAGAUGCAAGAAAUAUCUCACUUCCCAUCAAAGAAUUCAUACAGGGGAGAAACCAUAUCAAUGCUUGGAAUGUGGAAAGAGCUUCAGGUGGAGAGAUCAUCUCACUUCCCAUCAAAGAAUUCAUAGAGGGGAGAAACCGUAUCAGUGCUUGGAAUGUGGCAAGAGCUUCAACUGGAAGGAAACUCUCACUUCCCAUCAAAGAAUUCAUACAGGGGAGAAACCAUAUCAAUGCUUAGAAUGUGGCAAGAACUUCAGCAGGAAGGGACGUCUCACUGACCAUGAAAGAAUUCAUACAGGGCAGAAACAAUAACAGUGCUUGGAAGUUGAAAGUUUUAGUUGGAGCAGCUAUCUGAAGACACUCUCUUUCCUGUGUAUGUACAGGAUUGAGGAUUCUUACGUUCUCUCCUUUGCCCAUUGGCUAUUCAGAGUUCUUAUAUGCCAGGUGUAUUCACCAGAGCUUACACUGUCUCCAACAGCAGUCAUCUGAACAGGCAGUCUAAAGGUUGGAGUUCCCACACAAGACCUCUUGGGGCUUGGGAGAUUUCAUGAAAAUAACAUGACAGCAGAUUGUCUUCAUAAUAUUUAUUUCUAACGUAUUUUAACGCUUCUUAAAUUUUUUACAUGAGUGCAAUAGUUGGCUUUUGCCAAUAAGUCAAAAUCAAACUAGUUACAUGGCAAUAUAUCUUAUGCAGAAAAUAAAUGAACAUCUGUCACCCUCAGCAUGUUGGCAGACUUCAACAGCAGUAGUUCUCUUCGACAAACUCCAAAGUUCUGGUUUAUUGGCAGCAGCAAGCAUAGCAGUAUGUUGGACCAGUCUGACAGUGAGCUUAAUGCUCCUGAUCUCUUACUGAACUCCUCCUUUUAUAGGAGUGUCCAAGGCUAUACCCUGUGUCAUAACUCAGCUGUUAUCUGACAGGUGGCUGCAUGAGAUCACAACUCGGGGUGAAGUGUGUCAGUUUAGUGACCUUGCAGGUGUUUCAGACAGGACAGUCUAUUUCCAUAUCAGUGCUGGUUUUCCUUAUCUGCGCUCCUUCUGGGAGGAAGGGCAGGAUAUAAAUUUAAUAAAUAAAUAAAAGCAGUUGUUUACUUCCAGCUUGGCAGAUUACCUGAAACAUUGGCUGCUGCUACUUAACAUUUCCUGUGCCACCAUAUAAGGGAGCUCCUCCCAAACAAUUCUUCUCAGGCAGUGUUUUAACACGAUUCUUAAGGACUAUUCUUUAGGAUUAUAGAGAAUACACAAUAGCAUUUAGACAUGAAAAAUGAAAACGGACUGCUUUCAAGAAAAUAAGAAUACAAAAUCAGCAGGAAAGAGGUUGCUGUAUACACUCACUUAACAUCAAAGUAUCUACUCUGUCCUUAGAUGUUAGCUCACCUAAAUUUGCAGGUUUCCAACAGUAGAUGUCUGAGUAGGUGGAAGUAAUGGCUGGAGACCUCACCCAAGGGUUCCUGGUCUUGGAAGAUACCAGAAAAAUUAAAUCAGAAGUUCAGAGAUCAAAAUAUUCUUAUGCUAUUUAUCCAUGUCUUGCACGCUAUAGCUAUUAAAUGCACUCUGUGAUGUCCCUGUAUACUGUAAAUAUGAUAAGUGUGGGUUUAUUAGAGUAUAUGUGGUAAGUCGACUGAGUGAGAGGGGGGGAUAUAUGGGUUGGAAUGUUGGAGAAUGUAUGUUGAUUGGCUGAGUAUCUGAGUGUCUGAAGGUAUAAAUGAGAGGAUGACAGCUGAGAGGUUAGGUUGGUUUUGGAGAGGGUUGUUGGGUGGAUUGGAUUAGGCGGGUAGUGUGGCAGGAUAUUGAUGACUAAGAAAUAUAAAGAGUAACGCAUCUUAUGAAACCACAUGCUUGUUGACUAAACCUUUAAGUAAUUUUGUUUUUCCCCGUGUAUAUAAAUAAUUAGUU